CUCUUAUAUAUCCAGAGGUUGCCUCAGUCCUUCGGGGACUGAUCUUAGUACCCUUAUCCUGUUUUGUCCAACAAGAAUGGCUCCUGCAUCUGUUAUUCUGGAUUCUAACGAUGAAGAAAACACAUCUCUCAUCUAUGCAGUGCUACCGCCGUUGAUCAAAAACUCCAUGCCAAAGGUGCGCUCUCUGCGCCGUUCGCUGUCGGGCUACAACUGUGCAGCUGCAUUAGUCGGUCAUGUCAGGAACUCGAGUGCAGAGAGCUCAAGACCUGGCUCAGCGACCCCUCCCCCACCUUAUCAGGAACCCAUCGCUUCUCUCACCUCCGUCUUGUCUGAUGAUAAUUUCCAAGAUACUCCCCCAACAUCACCCAGAUCUCUGCCUCUUGAUACAGCUAUAUUUGCCAAUGACGAGCGGACUGGUAUCAAAUGGGAAUUUGGACGUCAAGGUCUGAGUCUUCUCCAAGGCUCGUCAUGCUUGACUUCAAACCCGGACUUCAGCCGUCAACUAUACAUUGACGGAGUGAGCUAUCUACUCAGAGGUCUACCACACAACCUUUCCAACGAAGAAACAUUACGACUCAAAGCCGCUAUACCCUUUGAGAUACUACCACCACCACCCCCUGCCAAUGGAGUACUCAUCAGAAGCCCAUCUCAGGAUCAUCAACCUACCCAACCAGACCAAGAUCCAACAAUCCUCCACCGCGCAGUAGCAAUGAUCGUAGUACAAUCCUUCCUCCUCUUCUCCUUCCUCUGGCCCUACAUCCAAUCCACCUGCCAAGCCACCUACCACUACGAACGCUCCCACCACAUCUCAGAAAGACUCCUCAAUCAAUCCUGGAUAACUGCAAGUUCAUUGAGUAAGAACACAAUGACCGUUGCCAGAACAGUGUGCAGUUGGAAUGACGGCCAAGUGGGUGCAGCACUGGAGGAUAUAGUGUUUUGGUGGGUGCAAGGUGUCACUGGUGGAUUGCGUGAUGGCGUUAAAGAUGGGAUGGAAGUGAUGGGUAUUAAAGGUAUAGAUGGUCGGGAUAAGAGAGUUGCAAGAGGUUGAGUUGAUGGUGUUGAAUGAAUCAUGACUUCUUUUUUUAUCGUUUUAGAAAUUGUGGUGAUGAUUAGAGCAUAGAGCAUAUACUGAUUUACAAUAAACUCAUGAC